UUGGCGUACACAUCACCGAAAGACCAUUCGGGAUCCCACAGCCCUACAGUAUCAUCUCUAUGUACUUUCGGGAAGGAAGCGAUUAACACUAGCGGAUUUUCAGUAUGGGUUUUCUGACAUCUUGUCUAGUGUUGUCCAUCUUUGUGCUGUCAGUGUCGGGAUUUCGAUUCCGAUGCCACAGGGACAUCUGCGACUCCAGCUACCAGUUCUGUAACGAUGGGGAGGAGCGAUGUAACACCUGUACCCCCGAGCAGUGCCAAGCUGACGUGGCCAAACACAUCCUGAACCAAUGCGAAGUCCUGUGUCGGAAACUUGCAACAACGACUGUGGGGUCUACAGAACCAACUACGACAUCGACUGCCAUUGUGCCCGCCCACGACAAACCACAAGAAUCACAAAUCCUGACAUAUGCGUUUUUUGGCAUCCUUACAGCUGGGAUAUUGGCAUUAGGGCUGAUAGUUGUGGUCUUAUGGUAUGUGAGGAGGAUUGAUGGAAAACUGUCUGACCUUGAGAAGGCUGAGAGUGUGACCUACUCCACUGUUUCAAGUGUAGGGGAUGGGGAGAAGACACCGCUAUUGGAACAAGGAAUUCAAGCUGUCCAAAAUGAGGAGUCCGACUCUGGAGCCCAUAUGAACAAACUGGAGGAGAUCCGCACCUUGGCCCAGGCCCCAGCACAAGCUACAGGGCAAAUAGCACAACCCCACCAGCCAGACCCACCCUCUUACACCACUUCAGACUUGACAAAUGACAAAGCGUCUACAAUAUCGACUAUCACACCCGUGGAAGCAGUUCAGGACUCAGGAAUUCAGGAUCAUUUGAGUGAAAAGAUUCCUGAAACGGAAUUCCUUCAAGAGAAUCUGAAGGCAGAAAUUUCCAGGGACAGAGAUAUCAAGAUGGAAAACACACAGCGCAAAUCAGUCCCAAAUCAAUCACAGACCAGAUUCUGAUAUGUGAAGAGUGAGUGAGUGCAGAGUGUACCGACAGCAAACAGUUCAUAAAUUGUAUCACCAGUUUCUGAUAUUGAAGGGGGUGGGGUAGGGUAGCCAAAUGGUUAAAGUGUUUGCUUGUUGCCUCCAAGUCAGUGGUUCAAUUCCCCACGUGGUGCAAUGUGUGAAGCUCAUUUCUGGUGUCCCCUCCCCCCAUCUGGGGUAUGUCAGAAAUAACAGAGGCGUAAAACCAUACUCACAUAGUGUUGGAGGAAAGGCUGUGGCAACUGUAACAUUGUGGAUGGAGAUGGUGGCUGGUACUGUGAUACAAACUGCAGUGGAGACAAGGCCAGGGCACUCCAAGAAGACAGCAGUGUAAUAGGCAGCCACAUGUCAGACCGUAUACUGUCUGGCAAUACUUAUAGGGCAUAUCAUCACAUUGGAUGGUUUUAUUACAACGAGACAUUGACAAGACCGAACGUGCUAUACAAAGUGAUAUAUAUAAUAUUACUUAUGAAUAAUGAAUAAUAAUGAUAUCAAUAUGAACCCCCCGGCUAUGAUGGAUCUCUCCACAUCCAGCCAGUGAGCAGACAGAGGCCAUCCUAUUAUAAACUUACCAAAGGUUGACUCAAAACAUUACAUUUUCUCAAGUUGACUUGUGGUGAUGUCAGUUAUAUAGGAUGAGCUGGUUAUUUUGUCAAAAGAAAAUACAUAACAUCAUCGGUUUCAAUUUGCCAAAGAACAUCUCCCAUUGUUUCACACGACUUAGAAAUGGCAUCUGGAAACAGCUGUGCUGUCAAUAUUCCAUGUGGGUAAUGCAGUGAGACAAAGGUGUAAGCCAAACUUGUAUAUAUGGCAAUAUUUGUUGUGAAUAUUCAGGCUAUGCUUUCUGUGUAUGUGGUGUAUUUAUGUUAUCUGAAAACCUGUGCAUACAUUUGAAUGUCAAUAAAAUAAUAGAAAAAGAAA